UCGGGGCGGCGGCGGCGGCGUCAUGGAGGAGACGCAGCUCCUGUGGGACCCCGACCAGCGGGACCCCCGCGGCCGCCUCAGGAUCCUCACGGGCAGCCAGCAGGCCCAGUCUGCUCUUGUCCAAUUUAUGGUGUACGAAGGUCUUAAUGUGAUCGGCCGGGAUGAGAACUGCCACAUUCAUAUCCCGGUGCAGUCUGUGUCCAGACGCCACGCGGUGAUUGAGAUCGAGGGGGACUCCCACGUGAUCCGAGACUGCGACAGCCUCAACAGCACCUGGCGGAAGAAGGUCUUCCUCAAGCCGCACGUCCGCUACGACAUCAACGACGGCGACCUCUUCCUGUUCGGGGACGUGGCCUGCCAGUACCAAGUGCUGCGGCCCGCCCCGCAAGGCUCCGACUCCGGCUCUGAGACCGGCUCGGAGUCCAUGCUCCCCCAGCCCGGGGCGGGCGCAGGGGCCGAGGGGGCGGAGAGCGACCGGAUCACCGAGGCGGGGAACAGCGACGCAGAAUUGACCGGCGACUCCAUGGUGGUCUCGCCCACCCCGGCGCACCAGCGCAACAGGCUGCCGGCCCAGGUCGCCCAGCCAGACGUCCACGUGAAGGAGUCUGAGGAUGACGACACUCCAUGGAAGGGUUCCCGAUCUCUCUUUUCCCGACCAUGCCAAGAUCCAAGCACUUCAGUGUGUCAAACUCCUUCAGCUAACAUUGUCCCAGAGAGCGACGAUGAGGCAGAAAACGUGUCUCGAUCCAGCGCUGAGCCCAAGCGGUUGCAUUACGACAGUGACACCGACUUGGAAGAAGAUCAGCAUCCUGGUGAAGAAUCGGCAGAGCAGAGCACCGAGCAGCCGGCCGACGGCAUCGACCCACGUCCUGAGACCACGGUGAACGGUGACACCGCGCUCGGUGAUUUGAGUGCUGCCGAAGAAGUGGCCAGCAAUGAACCAGGCGACGGGUUUGUCCAGGAAAAUGGCGAUCUCCCUUCGCAGCGGCCUGUUACGCCGCCAUCUGCAGAUACGAGCGAUUUAUAUGCUCUGGAACCAACUCAGUGCUUCAUCCUGAAUGUAUCAAGCUCGCAAGAUGGAACGCCGGCUGAAGAGAAUUCUAUAACACCUGGUGACCCUUGGACCACACGCAGCCCGGGGGAAGAUGCCACAGGGACCUUCAACCCCCACUCUCCAGUUUCCACCAAAGAGCCAUCUCAAAGUGACCCUGUGGCGCGGACCAGUGAGACAGAGAGUGUGGCAGAGCCGCCGGUGAGCGAGGCUGCCGAGUCAGCUUUGCCAUCGCACCAGGGUGGGUCAGAGCCUCGAGAGGAAGGUGGGACGGGACCCGAGGACCAGGAGCGUUGGGCCAAUGAGGACACGCAGUUGUUCUACGCUGAGCAGCGGGCUAACGGGGAGGAGGGGGAGGAGGAGGAGGAGGAGCGCGCGGGUAAUGCCGAUCGUCUCCCGGUACCGCCGUCACCCGACAGCCCGCCCGGGACUGAGGGAGGGAGCGUGGCCGAUCCCCCAGCCUCACCCGAACCAUCGGCGGCAGCGGACAGCGGAGAGAGGGGCACGAUCUCGCCAGAGCACGGGGACGUGGUGGAUCCAGCCACCGCCGAGGCCUCGCCGCCCGACCUGGGAGCCAAAGCUGACACACGGGAGCCCGGGACCGAGACGCCGGCCACGGGGAGACGGAGCAGAGAGAGGCCGCAGCGGAGCGAGACCAGGCAGCGCGCGGAGACAUCACCGGCGCAGACUCCCACCGGGUCCAGGAGAGGCAACUGCAGGCAGCAGACCUCCCCUCAGCCCACCGCCAGCGACCACCCUCUCCCUCUAGAGGAGAGCCCCCAGUUUGCUGCCAAGGGUAGAGCCAAGCGCAGGACUGUGGCUUCCCCGCAGGGUGUGGCCGAGGUGCCCCUAGAAACCCCCAGCCCAUCGCAGCAACGGACCAGAGGCCGGAGCAGGAGGAAGCUGGUCAACAAAGAGCCGUCUCAAAGUGACCCUGUGGCGCGGACCAGUGAGACAGAGAGUGUGGCAGAGCCGCCGGUGAGCGAGGCUGCCGAGACAGCUUUGCCAUCGCACCGCGGUGGGUCAGAGCCCCAAGAGGAAGGUGGGACGGGACCCGAGGACCAGGAGAGUUGGGCCAAUGAUGAGACGCAGUUGUUCUGCGCUGAGCAGCGGGCUAACGGGGAGGUGGAGGAGGAGCGUGCGGGUAAUGCCGAUCGUCUCCCGGUACCGCCGUCACCCGACAGCCCGCCCGGGACUGAGGGAGGGAGUGUGGCCGAGCCCCCAGCCUCACCCAAACCAUCGGCGGCAGCGGACAGCGGGGAGAGGGGCACGAUCUCGCCAGAGCACGGGGACGUGGUGGAUCCAGCCACUGCCGAGGCCUCGCCGCCCGACCUGGGAGCCGAGGCUGACAUGCGGGAGCCCGGGACCGAGACGUCGGCCACGGGGAGACGGGGCAGAAGGAGGCCGCAGCGGAGGGAGACCAGGCAGCGGGCAGAGACAUCACCGGACGGGGCUGAGGUGGCCCCCGAAACCCAGAGCCCAUCGCAGCAACGGACCAGGGGCCGAAGCAGGAGGAAGCAGGAGUGCAUGCAGCCAUGUUUGCAGGGGACGGAGAUGCCCACUGGACCGUUGCCCAACGGCGGAGAUGCCAGCGCGCCACCGCAGAUGAAAACCCGCCGGCAGACGUGCCAGCCGUCCCCUGCCUUGUCGUUGGCCUCUCUGUCGGAGAGCCCCGCGGCCCCCAAGCGGAGCGAGACCAGGCAGCGGGCGGAGACCACAUCAGCGCAGACGCCCGCCCGGCCCAGGAGAGGCAACUGCAGGCAGCAGACCUCACCGCAGCCCACCGCCAGCGACCACCCUCGCCCUCUGGAGGAGAGCCCCCAGUUUGCUGCCAGGGGUAGAGCCAAGCGCAGGACUGUGGCUUCCCCACAGGGUGUGGCCGAGGUGCCCCCAGAAACCUCCAGCCCAUCGCAGCAACGGACCACGGGUCGGAGCAGGAGGAAGCAGGAGUGCACACAGCCCAGCUCGCAAGAGGCGGAGAUGGCCGCUGUACGGGUGCGGAGUUCAGGGACAGCAAGUCAGCCCGACAGCGAGAAAGAUGACAGCGCGCCGCCGCAGAUGAAAACCCGCCGGCAGACGUGCCAGCCGUCCCCUGCCUCGUCGUUGGCCUCCGUGUCGGAGAGUCCCACGGCCCCCAAGGUCAUGUUCACGGGGCUGGUGGAUGAAGAGGGGAUGGACGUGAUCCGGCAGCUCGGGGGCGAGGUGGUGGAGAGCGUGCACGACAGCACGCACCUGGUCGCUAACCGGAUCCGCCGCACCGUCAAGUUCAUGUGUGCUGUUGCCAGGGGCAUCCCUGUGGUCACGUCAGAAUGGCUGAAGCAGAGCGGGAGGAACCGCUACUUCCUCUCCCCCCGCAGCUUCUUGCUGGGUGACCGCGAGCAAGAGCAGAAGUUCAACUUCAGUCUGCGCGACUCCAUUCACAAGGCCAAGGAGCAGAGGCUGUUGCAGGAUUACCGGAUCCACGUGACGCCAGGUGUGCAGCCAGACCCCAGCCAGAUGGCCACUAUCCUGCAAUGCUGCGGGGCCACGGUGCUGCCCAAGAUGCCCAGAGCCAACAAGGUGAGACUCCAUGGUCGCUGCGUGGCCCUUGCUUCUCCAGCUCCCUCCCAUUCCCGCCUACCGACAAUCCUUCACUGUGUAUAGCCCGUCCUUCAUCAGUGAUGGGAGCAGAAUUAGGCCACUCCGCCAAUCAAGUCCACUCCGCCCUUCAAUCGUGGCUGAUCUAUCUCUCCCUCCUAACCCCAUUCUCCUGCCUUCUCCCCAUAACCCCUUGACACCUGUACUCAUCAAUAAUCUAUCUACCUCUGCCUUAAACAUGUCUACUGAUUUUUUUGGCCUCCCCAGCCUUCUGUGGCAAUGAAUUACACAGAUUCACCAACCUCUAACUAAAGAAAUUCCUCCUCAUCUAUUUCCUAAAGGAGUGUCCUUUGAUUCUGUAGCUAAGCCCUCUGGCCCUAGACUCUCGCAUUUGGGUGGCUCGGUGGCACAGCGGUAGAGUAACUGCCUCAGAGCGCCAGAGACCCGGGUUCGAUCCAUACCACGGGUACUGUCUGUAUGGAGUUUGUACGCUCUCCCCGUGACCUGUGUGGGUUUUCUCCAAGACCUCCAGUUUCCUCCCACACUUCAAAGCCGAACAUGUUUGUAGGUUAAAUGUUUACGAAGGAACUGCAGAUGCUGGAAAAUCGUAGGCCGACAAAAAUGCUGGAGAAACUCAGCGGGUGAGGCAGCAUUUAUGGAGCGAAGGAAAUAGGCAACAUUUCAGGUCAAAACCCUGUAGGUUAAUUGGCUUGGUAUAAAUGUAUACUGUAAAUUAGUCCUGUGUUGGUGUGUGUGU